UUCCCGCGCUGGAUUGACAACAAAAUAAUAUAAAGCUGGAAAUAGGAUUGUAUUAUUGGUCUCAGUUUAGAACUAGGUGCUAACCCACACCAGUGAAGUCAAGAAAACCCACCAGACUUCCUGCCACCUGAUCCAUUACACCACAAGGCCUAUACAGAGAGUCGAGUUGAAACCCAAUUAAUAAUGAAUGGUGAAGGAAGUACUUCGCAAGGCUCUGGUAUUAAAAUUGACAAUGAUAUGUCAUUGGCCUGGAAGCGUGUGACAGACUGCGUUUUUCCUGUACGGGAAGGGCAGUGUUCCUGUAGUGUAGGCAACAAGAUGUACAUAUUUGGGGGAGUCAUACACAGCAACACACAAGACCUUGUGGAGAGCAAUGACCUUCUCUGUUUUGAUGCAGAAAGUGGUAGCUGGAGCUUGAUAGAAGCAAAAGGCUCGAUCCCCGAACCUCGUAUUGCAGCAAGCUUAGUUUCUGUGGACACUAAAUUGUAUUUAUAUGGAGGACUGAAUCAGGAGUCAGGCUGGAUGGAAAGCUUCUACAUGUUUGACACUGAGAGCAAGAAAUGGUCAGCUGUGGAGAGUGAAGGGAGUCACCCCAGUGCCCGGGACAAGCUUCAGGGGGCUGUCAUUGACCGCCUUAUCUACUACUUUGGGGGAUUCGGGCCGCAGGGCUCCCUGGAGGAGGAUGACUGGGAGGAUGUUGAUGAUGAUGGCGACGAUGUACUAGAUGAACAGAGAAUGCAGCAGGCUGCGCAGUUUGGCUGGUUCAAUGACCUGUACAUGUUUGAUACUGUCACCAAACUAUGGUCCAAGCCCAUGCACAUGAAUUUGGGUAUACCAACUGCAAGGGCAGCUCAUGGCAUGUGUGCCGUGGGGAGAAAUCUCAUCAUUUUUGGAGGCAGGGACACAGAAAAGAGAACCAAUGAUAUACACAUAUAUAAUAUAGAUACAAGAAAAUGGAACUUGGAAAUGGAGAUAAGAGGGGAGCUCCCUGCUGCCCGCUCCUUCCACACAACUACCGCAGUUGGGAAUCAGGUGAUUGUGAUCGGUGGACGUGGGCAGGAUAACACACAUCUUGCUGAUCUCCAUGUGUUUGAUACUGAAACAUAUGAGUGGUCACAGCCGAAGCUGAAUGGAGAAGUGCCAUGUGCCAGGGGACAGCACUCUGUUGCUGUAGUAGUUGGACUGCUUGUCCUGUUUGGGGGCUCUUCAGAUUAUGAUGCUGAGAACAGGAUGUGCCGGAAAUUCUUUGGAGACACUUACACCUUACAAACUGCGGAUCUUUUAAAAGGAGGAGUUCGGCCUGUGAACAGUUCUUGAGAUGGACCAGCAGCAGUAUGAACAUCCACUGUACUGCAGGACCUUCAUAUAUAUGUGGGGAAGAUUUGGCUAUGAAUAUAUUUUAAGAACAUAAAUUGUGCAGAGGGAUAUAGCCAGUAAUAAUGACAGUAUCUUUGUUUUUAACCAGUCCACAAAUGUUACAAAGGCGUCCUAAAUGGAAUUAUUUGAUUCAUUGAUUACUUACGUACCAAGGAAGGAGUAAGACGAAGGCAAGUCUAGAUGACAUUAUAUGGAGUCAGUCAGUGCUUGUAAACACUUGUUUAUGUAUCUGAAUAUAAAUGAGCUUCAAACCUGACAAUCUAGGCCUUCAAUAGUUACAUAAGGGCUUGACCCAGGUCAGUGAAACACAAUAUGCUUUGCCUCAUGACACUAAUUGAGCACAACUGGGCCAGCUGUCCGUUCAAGAACAUGUUUGUUUAAUUUAGACUUGCAUAGAAUUCAUUGAAAAGCUCUACAGAAUAGUCUACCGGCAUAUAAAUAAAUUGUAAACAAUAAUUGUAUAAAUAUUAAUCGUUUCUAAUUAAAAGUGUUCACUGAAUACGAUGUACUAGUAUUUCUGUGUUAGAAAUGUUGUUUUGUAUACUGAUAAAUGAAUUGUAAAAAACUUUUUAUGCUUCUCUAC